AUGAUGUCAACGCAAAGCCAAGAAUAAUUGGUCCGAUCUAGAGUAUAAAUCCUAUUGGUUAAUUUAAACAUUGCCUUAGGAUCCUUAAAUAUUGGGUACGUUGUCACAUACUUGACAUUGUCAAUUGAUACCCUAUUCGCAGUACUGUAAGACUUUAUUCUAUGUAUUUAGAGACAUUAAAGACGAAGAAAAAACAGAAAAGCUAAGUUUGCUUGCUGGAAUACUUCCAUUAGGUAACGUAGUUGGAGUGUUUGUUGGUUAUUUACUAAAAUAAAAGUUUACAAAUAAACAAUGUCUUCACAUAGCCGAUCUAAUAGGAAUAACUAGUUUAUUGGCAGUUAUCUCAAACUACUAUCUUAUUGUUAUCAUAAGAUUUGUUCUCGGAGUCUCAAAUGGAAUAUCAAGCUAUUUGAUGCCAGUUUACAUAAAGUCAAUCUGUCCAUAAUAAUAUUUUGGUUAGUUUAGUAUGUUUGUUGGAUAUGGAAUAAAUACAGGAUAUGCCAUAGGGCAAUUAAUGGGGAUUGGUUACAUAGAGUAUUUAAACGAAAAUAUUCUGUUUUAGCUAUUCAGGACCAUCUUCGAAUUGGUGGAGAGUAGUUUUUUUGUUCCCGACGGUUAUAUGCGUCAUUCGUUCCUGCAUUAUGCACUUUGUUUACAAUUAUGACAGUCCCGAAUAAUUGAUAAAGAGGGGAAACAUAGAAUAAGCAAAAUAUGUAUUUUAGCAUUAAUAUAUGUAAGGUGAUUUGUUAGAUCUAUAAAGAUUAAUAUGUUGAUGAAUAAUUUGAAAGGUACAAAACAUUAGCUGCUUAAUAAUAAUUAUAAAAUAAUUAAUCAUUUUGUCACAUUUUUUAAAGAAAGAAACUGAUUACUUUAUAAACUGGGAUUAUAUCGGUAUUUCCUAACUUAACAAUUAGAUGUUAGUUUAAAUAUGGUGUGGAGUAUUUGCAGUAUUCUAUUACAGUGCUUAAAUCUUUUCAGAUAUGACAAAUGAUGAUAUAGUAUAGAAAACCAUCUAUACUUGUGGUUUGGGAUUAUCAGGAUUUGUGUCUCAGUUUUUUACUAUUUGCAUGGUCAAUAAAUUGGGAAACAAAUAUAUCCUAAGUACUAAAUUAUACUAUUCAAAAGUGAUUGGAUCUUUUGUUAUUGGAUCGCUCAAUUUAGCUGUUUCCAUUAUCUCAAAGCACGCUUCAGAAGGAAAUGAUAUUACUCUUUUUGUUCUCUUAUUACUCUUAAUAAUGACCUUUGGUUCGACAUUAGGUCCUGCUGCUUGGGUAAUUGAUAAUAAUUUUACAUAUAUUUAGAGCAUUGUACCAUAACUAAAUGACUGUGAUGGAACAUUUGUUGCUACUGAAUUUCGAUGGGCAUUUUAAGCCAUUGUUGUAUUUUGUUAUCCUUUUAUGGAAAAGAAUCUUUAAGUAUUUGGAGCUUUCUUAUUGUUUGCUAUUAUCGACUACUUGUAUUUCAUCUAUUGUCACUUCUUCUUGAUAGAUGGUAGAGGGAAAACCAACAAUGAAAUUAUAGCAGCCUAUCAUAAUAAAUUUUCCUAUGCAAUUGUUCCAAUACCAAAUGAAUAAGCAGAAAAUCCAUAAUCAGAUUUAUCAUAGAGGCAAUAAUAAGGCAACUUUACUAACCAAAGAGAACAAUGA